GUAGCCAACAAUUUUCACGUCCAUUCCAAAUUACAAGAUUGGUGUGGAAUUAACCCGGCAAUAAAAAGUUUAUUUUAUUUGCUAAAGUGACGUUUUAAAUGUGAAUUAAGUGAAUAUAUUUUAUUAAAAAAAAAAAACAUGGCCCGUUAUGGACAACGUCCGGAAAAUGCCUUAAAAAGAGCAAAUGAAUUUAUUGAAGUGGGUAAACCCGCCCGUGCUUUAGAUACCCUGCAAGAAGUAUUUCGUAAUAAAAAAUGGGCUUACAACUGGUCCGAGUCGGUUCUCGAACCGAUUAUGUUCAAAUAUUUAGAUCUAUGUGUCGAAUUGAAAAAAUCGCAUAUUGCAAAGGAAGGAUUAUUUCAAUAUCGUAACAUGUUUCAAUCGGUGAAUGUGGGAUCUUUAGAAAAUGUCAUUCGUGGUUAUUUACGUAUGGCUGAAGAAAAAACAGAAAAUGCACGUGAACAAUCUGCGCAAGCUGUUAUUGAUAUUGACGAUUUAGAUAAUUUAGCAACACCAGAAAGUAUAUUAUUAAGUGCUGUUUCUGGUGAAGAUGCUCAAGACCGUUCCGAUCGUACAAUUUUAACACCAUGGGUGAAAUUUUUAUGGGAAUCAUAUUGUCAAUGUUUAGAAUUAUUACGUACAAAUGCGCAUGUUGAAACUUUGUAUCAUGAUAUAGCACGCAUGGCAUUUCAAUUUUGUUUAAAAUAUAAUAGAAAAACAGAAUUUCGUAAAUUAUGUGAUAAAUUACGUAAACAUUUGGAAGAUAUUUGUAAAUUGCCACAACAAGCUGUGAAUGUUAGCAUUUCCAAACCAGAAACACAACAAUUGAAUUUAGAAACUAGACUUUAUCAACUUGAUUCGGCAAUACAAAUGGAGUUAUGGCAGGAAGCCUAUAAAGCCAUUGAAGAUAUUCAUGGUUUAAUGUCAAUGUCGAAAAAGUUUCCUGUACCAAAAACUAUGGCCAAUUAUUAUCAAAAAUUAGCAAUGGUUUUUUGGAAAGCUGGUAAUUAUUUAUUCCACGCAGCUGCAUUGUUUAAAUUAUUCCAGUUAUCAAAAGAAAUGAAAAAGAACAUUACCGUUGAAGAAUUACAAAGAAUGGCUUGUAGAGUUUUGAUUGCCACACUUUCAAUACCAUUGCCGUCUGCACAUCCUGAAUUUGAUCGUUUUAUUGAAACGGAUAAAUCACCGUUGGAAAAAGCACAACGACUUGCUGUACUUUUAGGAUUAUCGCAACCACCUACAAGAGCUAGUCUUUUAAAAGAUAUUGUACGGGUAAACGUUGUAAAUUUAGCUACACCACAAUUACAAGACUUAUACAAUUGGCUCGAAAUUGAAUUCCAUCCAUUAUUAUUAUGUGGUCGUGUUCAUAGUGUUAUUGAAAUACUAGCGAGUGAUGAAAGUUCACCAUUACAACAAUACAUACCUGCAUUACAAGAUGUAACGCUUGUACGAUUAGUUCGUCAAGUUGCUCAAGUCUAUCAAACAAUUCAAAUUGCACGUUUACUGGAGUUGGCCAAAUUCACCGAUGCAUUCCAUUUGGAACGUUUACUUGUUGAUUGUGUCCGACACAAUGAUAUGCAAAUACGUAUCGAUCAUGGUAAACAAUGUAUACACUUUGGUAUGGAUUUGAGUGAAAGUCAACGUGAAGAUAAACCUGAAGGACCGACAUUACAAUCCAUGCCGAGCGAACAAAUUCGUAAUCAAUUAGUGAACAUGGCAUCUGUUUUGUAUAAAUCUGUUAAUGUUAUUAAUCCGAAUAAGAAAAAGAUUGAACGUGAAAAAUUGCGUAUGCAAAUGGUACAACUAUAUCAUGAAAACAAAGUUAAAGAACAUCAUAGAAUUUUACAACGUCAUAAGAUUAUUGAAGAUCGUAAAGAAUAUAUUGAACGAUUAAAUACCGUACGUGAGGAAGAAGAAUUACGUCGUCAAGAAGAAGCACAACGUCAAAUACUUCUCGCUGAACAUAAACGUUUAGAACAAGAACGUGAAGAACGUGAAAGAAAACGUCAACAAAAUGAAAUUCAACAAAUUAAAGAUCGACACCUUAAGGAAAAAAUGCAACAAAUAUCACAAACCAGCCAUGGUCAAAAAGUUCUUAAGAAACUGGAUGAAGAUGAAAUUAAAAAAUUAGAUGCUGAACAGAUAGCGGCACGUGAGGCUGAAGAAUUACAUAAAGAACGUCGUGAACUUCAAGCUAAAUUAAAAUCACAAGAAAAGAAAAACGAUUACUACGAACGUGCUAAACGUUUAGAAGAAAUUCCAUUAUUAAAGAAAGCAUUUGAAGAGAAACUAAAACAAGAUAAAGAGUUUUGGGAACAACAAGAGAAUGAAAGAAUUCAAUUGGCCAUUGAAGAACGUAAAUUGGCUGUUGCUAAUCGUGAACGUCUUCAACGAAUGAAUCCUGACCGAGAGGCUUUCUUAGCAAAAUUGAAAUCCGAACGAAAUAGUUUAUAUGAGGAUAAAUUAAAAGAAUUUGAAAAAUUACUAGCCGAAGAACGUACUAAACGACUAGCAGAACGAGCUCAGAAACGUAAAGAAGACCGUAGAGCUAAAUGGCUAAAAGAUAAAAUGGAAGAAGAGGAACGUAAACGUGAAGAAGAACGAAAGAAAGAAGAAGAGGAGCGUAGAAAGAAAGAAGAAGAGGAAAGACGCAUACGUGAGGAAGAAGAACGUGCCGCACGUGAAGAGAAAGAACGUUUACAAAGGGAAAUGAUUGAACGAGCUGAAAGAGCUGCAGCUGUUCAGAGAAUUCGAGAGGAAGAAAUUGAAAAGAAAUUAAUGAAAGAAAAAGAAGAAUCUUUACGUGAACGUGAAAAAGAUUCAAGUUGGAGAAAAGGUGGUAGUGCUCCACCCGAAAAAGAUGCUGCACCUCCGGAACGGCGUGGUGAAUCAGACUCAUGGAGAGGGCGUGUUAGAGAUAGUGGAGCAUCACCUGUUGAGAAAGAGAAAAAAUCAGAAGUAUGGCGACCUACUGCUUUACGUGGUAGAGAUAGAGAUCCAGAUUCAAAACCUGAACCAAUUGAGCGAGAUGCUGGUAGAGGAGAUCGAGAUGUUGAACGAACUGAACGACGCAUUGAACGAGGAGAUGGUGGUAAAGGCUCUGAUUCAUGGCGUACAGAACGUAGAGACAUUGAACCACGAAAAGAAGACCGUCCACAACGCGGAGAUGAUCGUGAAGAUCGGCGACCAGUUGAUCCAGAAGAACGUCGUAUCGGUGCUGAUAAAGAUGACCGCAGAGAAAGAGACGAUCGUAGGGAAGAUCGUCGUGAGCGUCGUAUAGGAGGUGAUCGAGAUGGUGAACGAAGAUUUGGUGACCGUAAUGAUGAUCGUAGACGCGAUGAUCGUUUUGAACGUCGAGAUGACAGAGACAGAGGUUUUGAUAAAGGAUUUACUGAUCGAAGUGAUCGUUUUGGAGAUCGUGGAGGUAAUCGUGAUGGAGGUACAUGGAGAAAAGCACAGGAUGGUGCUGACGAUGGUCCAAUACGCAGAGGCGGAGGAAUAUCUCGUGGUGGGCCACGUGAUAGGGAUCAACGUGGUGGAGGUGGGGCAAGUCGAGAUGGAGGCGAGCCACGAGAUCGUGAUAGUGAUUGGAGAAAAGAAAGUCCGAGAGAAGAUAGGUUCAGGCGAGAUGAUGAUCGUAGAGAGGACAGACCUCCUCGCAAAGCUGAAAAUGAAAUUAGACGAGGUGGUGAUCGUGAUGAUCGUCGUGAUCGAGGACCUAUUUCACGUGGCUCAGAUAGAGGACGUGAACAACCAGCCGCAGCUGAUGGUGAGGAUGGUGCAUGGCAAUCAGUGGGUCGACGUCGUUAACAACUCUUGAAUAUUUAGAACUAAAAAAUGUAAACUAUUGAUAACAUAGGAGAUAUCCUUCAUUAAAAAAAUGGUUUUGCAUAAUAA